CAGAGAAGGCGGAAGUAGGGGGUGUCCGCCGCAGGGGCUCCCGGGGGACGCAGCAGCGGCGGCCUUCAGCCCCGGAGAUUGGUUUCCUGGCCGCCUCGGCCCGGAGCGCGGUGCCUUUCUGUCCCGGCGCCUUGGCUGAGUGGAGUCGGCGGCCCAGCGCACCGGAGCCUCCGGUGAGUCUCCUUCUGCAGGCUCCCCGCUGUCGCGGCCUUUCUCCCCGCGGGCUGAUGAGGAAACGGAAGCACGGAAAGGUUAUAUAAUUUGCCCAGGUCAUACACCAAAUGAUGGAGACAAGAGUUAAACCCAGAUCAUCUGAUUCCAGCACCUGAGCGCCUCACCACUUCCUGGUAUUGGCUCCAGCCAGAACAGUGCCACAUCCUUUGUAGGUGCUCAUCAGAUGGUACUCAGAAUCUUUUUGAGAAGAACAAAAAGAGCAGUUGAUCAUCACAUUACUAUGAGUCUGCUACACUGUGAAAACAGCUGUGGAUCCAGCCAGUCUGAGAGUCACUGCUGUGCUGCCAUGGCCGCCAGCUCUUGUGGCGCUGCUGCAAAAGAUGACAGUGUGAGUGGAACUGCCAGCACAGUGAAUCUUUCCAGCUCUUUUAUGGAAGAGAUCCAGGGCUACGACGUGGAAUUUGACCCACCCCUGGAAAGCAAGUACGAAUGCCCCAUCUGCUUGAUGGCAUUACGGGAAGCAGUGCAAACACCAUGUGGCCAUAGGUUCUGCAAGGCCUGCAUCAUCAAAUCAAUAAGGGAUGCAGGUCACAAAUGUCCAGUUGACAAUGAAAUACUGCUGGAAAAUCAACUAUUUCCUGACAAUUUUGCAAAACGAGAGAUUCUUUCUCUGAUGGUGAAGUGUCCAAAUGAAGGUUGUUUGCACAAGAUGGAACUGAGGCAUCUUGAGGAUCAUCAAGCACAUUGUGAGUUUGCUCUUAUGAAUUGUCCCCAAUGCCAGCGUCCCUUCCAAAAAUGCCAACUUAAUAUUCACAUUCUCAAGGAGUGUCCAAGGAGACAGGUUUCUUGUGCAAAUUGUGCUGUAUCGAUGGCAUUUGAAGAUAAAGAGAUUCAUGACCAGAACUGUCCUUUGGCAAAUGUCAUCUGUGAAUACUGCAAUACCAUGCUCAUCAGAGAACAGAUGCCUAAUCAUUAUGAUCUAGACUGUCCUACAGCCCCCGUUCCAUGCACAUUCAGUGCUUUUGGUUGCCAUGAAAAGAUGCAGAGGAAUCACUUGGCACGCCACCUGCAAGAGAAUACCCAGUCACACAUGAGAAUGAUGGCCCAGGCUGUUCAGACUUUAAGCCUUGCGGUCGCUCCCGCACCUCAGCAUGAUAAGUUUCAGUAUGAUUCUACCUCUCCAAGCCGGGUUCCCUCUGGGCGUCACUCAGAGGUCCAGAACUUCCAAGAAACCAUUCAGCAGUUAGAGGGUCGCCUUGUAAGACAAGACCAUCAAAUCCGGGAGCUGACUGCGAAAAUGGAAACUCAGAGCACGUACGUAAGUGAACUAAAACGAACUAUUCGAACCCUUGAGGACAAGGUUGCUGAAAUAGAAGCACAGCAGUGCAAUGGGAUUUACAUUUGGAAGAUCGGCAACUUUGGGAUGCACUUGAAAUCUCAAGAGGAGGAGAAGCCCGUUGUCAUACACAGCCCCGGGUUCUACACAGGCAGGCCCGGCUACAAGCUCUGCAUGCGCCUGCACCUGCAGCUGCCCAGUGCACAGCGCUGUGCCAACUACAUAUCCCUCUUCGUGCACACGAUGCAGGGGGAGUACGACAGCCACCUCCCUUGGCCCUUCCAGGGCACGAUACGCCUCACCAUCCUUGAUCAGUCCGAAGCCCCCGUAAGGCAAAACCAUGAAGAGAUAAUGGAUGCCAAACCAGAGCUGCUUGCCUUCCAGAGACCCACAAUCCCACGGAACCCCAAAGGUUUUGGCUAUGUGACCUUUAUGCAUCUGGAAGCCCUGAGACAAAGAACCUUCAUCAAGGAUGACACGUUAUUAGUACGCUGUGAGGUCUCUACCCGCUUCGACAUGGGUAGUCUUCGGAGGGAGGGCUUUCAGCCACGAAGUACUGACUCGGGGGUAUAGCAUCCCCUCAUUUGUUUAAGAAACAAAAAACAGAAAAAAAGGUCUGGAGAAAACUUACUCUGCUCUCAAUAAUAAUAUACAAACAAAAGAGAAAUGGGAAAGAUAUUAUAGCCACCAGUGAAUGUGGUUAGAGACUUAGCACUUUCCUGUUAAAAAUAUUUGAAGCCAUUUUCUUGGAAGUCUACGCGUUCGACGCUUUUUCAAAAUUAUUACACUCUUAAGUGCCUGUCGCCUACUGCAGCAUCUGUCAAGUAGGAUACCUCUUUGUUUUAUUUUCAUGGGCUUUUGCUCCAGGGGGGUUUAUUGUCAAACCCAGUGUUGAAGUGAUAAAGCUCAAACCUUUAAGUAAUAAUGGCUGUUCCCUAAAAUUUCCACGUACUUUUACAGUGGUGGAUGCAGUAUGUUAAACUUGAGAAUCACUACCGCAAGGAAGAGCUGUUACUCCUGAGUUCUCAUUUUAUUUGUGCUAUAGAUUUCAGAGGAUUUGAACCACAACCCUUGGGAAGCUUAAGUUCUCAUUCACCCUUUUUUUUCUCACCAGGGUGUUAUUAAGGAUAUUCAGGGACUAUUUUAAACCCUAAAUAUCACCUUACUAAGUGUGAAUGUGUUGUCUGUUGAAUAAUUCUUGUUUAAUUGUUUCAUUCUACCUUGCUUAUUGUUUCCUUAAGGCUCCAAAGUAGCAUCUUGUCCAGAGUUUAGAACUUUGAGAACCAUGUGGAAACUAGCAACUGGGUGUUAGGCUGUAAAUCCCUUUGUCUGCUCCAGGCAGCAUGAAUUGCACAGCCCUGCCUCUGUUCUCUGUUGCCUGAUGCAACAAGAAGCAGCACACACGUACUCACCAAUGUAAACAUGUUAAAGGACUCAACUGGUCAACCAAUAUGGCAGCUCAUUGGUGGUGAGAAAAACUGUUUGAGUCAGAAAUUUUCAGCUCUUUUGGACACCUUCUGGUUUAGCUCACUUAAACGGAAGAAAAUUUCUUUCCUGAACGCAGAAUUUCUUAAUUCUUGGGAGAUCGUUGGUGUACCUAAGAGGUCACCAAACCACAGUUGGAAGUCAUAGUGGUUAUAUCAGGACUCGGCUGGACUUUAGUCCAACAGUUCAUACCAGAGGAAUGCCAAAUACUCCCAGCCAUCAGGGAAAGGUAGUUUUUAAUGCCACUAUAUAUGUGUUAAAAGCCUGUCGAUACUACAGAUUAUGGUGAAGUGUAGUUCUCAGGGGGUCCCACAACUAAUAUAGGCUCUUAUAAAGAAUCGGAGAGGACACAUACACCAUGCCAUUCACACAGGAUUGUUUAAAGUUCUCUGAGGAGGUCCUGCAACUCCAGAGAGGCCAAAUCAGAGUCCCUGACCAGUGUUCAAAGUCGGCCUUCAUUUCAAGAGGAAGUCAAGAGACCGUGCAAAAGAAUGGUCUCAGUUCCAGGCAGACCCAGCAGGUGUCACUCUGACCUUCCGCUUUACUUUUCUUCCUACUCUCCCACCCCACCCCACAUCCAGGCUGCUGCUCUUGGUGGGUUUGUGUUAUAAAGUGGGGGGGGGGGAAAGGUCACACAGAGACCCUGUUCCCAGUGCCACCAUCAGCGGCCCCUGCCCAUCACUAGUUCUCAGCUUGCUGGCUGGCAGUUUGUGUGUUCUGUGACUACUGAGCUCUCCACCCGGCUGCUGAGAAUCCCUGCAGCAGGACCCUCUAGGUGAGGAACCCAGCACUGCUGCUGUUCCUGUGGUUGUUUUCCAGAAAUAAAUGUCUAGUUCCAUGUAAAAAAUAAGUGGCAGUGGACUUCCUAGGUGGCGCAGUGCUCAAGAAUCUGCCUGCUAAUGCAGGGGACAUGGGUUCGAGCCCUGCCUGCCCUGGGAAGAUUCCACAUGCCAUGGAGCAACUAAGCCCGCGCGCCACAAUUAUUGAGCCUGCGCUCUAGAGCCCGUGAGCCACAGCUACUGAGCCCAUGUGCCGCAACUAUUGAAGCCCAUGCGCCUAGGGUCGGUGCUCCACAACAAGAGAAGCCACUACAAUGAGGAGUCUGCGCACCACAAUGAAGAGGAGGACCCGCUCGCAGCAACUAGUGAAAGCCCAUGUGCAGCAACGAAGACCCAAUGCAGCCAAUAAAUAAAUUAAAUUAAUUUAUUAAAAAAAAUAAGUGGCAGUUAUUCUUGUUGCACAGGGGAAAGAAAACCUGAAGGAAAUAUACUGAACUAUUUUUCAUGACUUUUCUUACUUGUGCUUUCUUACAUGUUUUACAUUUUUUUUUUGUAAUAAACAUGUCUUUUUCUCAGAGAAAAAAAUUAAAUGUUGCCACAAAAUAUUCAACCCUAACAGAAAAGGAAAUAAUAUUCAAAAACUUCCUGGUCAAAUUUCUGUUAAAAGCAUGGCUGUGCAUUAGGUACUGAGGUGAGUCAUCUCCUGCUUUGGUUAGGUUAUUUUUUUCUGCCAACUCCAGAGCCAUAAUCCAAACAAAAACAGUUUUUUGCCUCACUUCAACUUCUCCUAGCUUCAGGUUCCCCUGAAGGAGUUGGAUUAGCUGUUUCUGCUCUUGCAGAAGCACCGGAAUUACAACUAAAUGCUGAACAAUCAUCGACAGAAAGACACUGGUACUAAUCCAAAAAAGACACCCCACACCCAGAGACAAAGGAGAAGCCACAAUGAGACGGCAGGAGGGGCGCAAUCGCGUUACAAUCAAAUCCCAUACAUGCUUGGGUGGGUGACUCACAAACUGGAGAACAGUCACACUGCAGAAGUCCACCCACUAAAGUGAGGGUUGUGAGCCCCACGUCAGGCUUUCCAACCUGGGGGUCCAGCAACGGGAGGAGGAAUCCCCAGAGAAUCAGAGUCUGAAAGCCCGCAGGACUUGAUUGCAGGACCUCCACAGGACUGGGGGAAACAGAGACUCCACUCUUGGAGGGCACACAAAACAGUGUGCUCACCAGGACCCAGGGAGAAGGAGCAGUGACCCCAUAGGAGACGGAACCAGACCUACCUGCUGGUGUUGGAGGGUUGCCUGCAGAGGUGGGGGGCAGCUGUGGCUCACCAAGGAGACAGGGGCACUGGCAGCAGGAGUUCUGGGAAGUGCUCAUUGGCGUGAGCCCUCCCAGAGUCUGCCAUUAGCCCCACCAAAGAGCCUGUAAGUGCCAGUGCUACGUAGCCUCAGGCCAAACAGCCAACAAGGUGGGAACACAGCCCCACCCAUUAGCAGACAAGCAGAUUAAAGUCUUACUGAGCGCCACCCACCCAGCCCAACCCACCAUCAGUCCCUCCCAUCAGGAAGCACACUCCAGCCUCCUAGACAGCUCCCUCCACAAGAGGGAAGACAGCAGUAUCAAGCAGUAUCAGCAGUAUUUCCUCUUGUGGAACUGAAAACCACAGCCACAGAAAGACAGAGAAAAUGAAAAAGCAAAGGACUUUGUACCAGGUGAAGGGACAGGAUAAAACCCCAGAAAAACAACUAAAUGAAGAGGAGAUAGGCAACCUUCCAGAAAAAGAAUUCAGAAUAAUGAUGGUAAAGGUGACCCAGGACUUUGAAAAAAAGACUGGAUGCAAAGAUUGAAAAGUUUACCAAAGACCUAGAAGAAUUAAAGAGCAAACAAACAAAUAUGCAACACAAUCACUGAAAUGAACAAUACACUAGAAGAAACCAAUAGCAGAUUAACAGGCAGGAGGGCAAAUAAGUGACCUGGAAGACAGAAUGGUGGAUUAGCUGUUUCUAAGGUCCUUGCCAACCGUAAAAUUCUGUUUUAAGAAAUGAAGUUCUAACCAGCAGAAAGUUGACAAUACUUACAAAAGGAUUUUGCCAGUAGAAAAAUUGCUUUAACCUAUUUUUUUUGCUGACAUAAUACUUCAAUUUAGUAUCAAUUUAGGGUCUCCUUUUAAUUUGAACAAUUUUUUUUAACCCACAACAUUUAUUUUGUAAUAUACCUGCCACUUAUUUUAUACUGGUUGUUCAUUGUGAAUAUAGAAUAAAAGUAAUGGUCAAACUGUCUUUCCACAUAGAAACGUUUGUUGACUUCGACUCAGAAUCAAGACUUAGCUGGAAAGUGGUUUCUUCCUUUCAUGUCUCAAACCUCCUGCCCCAGUCUGAAACAUGCUGGUUUCACCCACUUGGUCUGUAAAUAUUUGAGCUAUUUAUUUAUGUUUUACUAACCUUUUAACAUUUAUCUUUGGACAUUGUUAAAUUAAAAAUAAAUUGUUUCUUUUCCCA